CGACACAACAACUCAUACUGGAAGUCUGGCUUUUAAGAUGGUAAUGACUAUCAACUAUGAAGCUGUGCAUGGACAAAGGAAUACAAGACACCGAUUCCUGUUAUUCCUGGUGAAAUGAGCAGUGACCACACAGCCCAAGUGAGUUGUGGCAAAGCAUCAGAAGGGAACUGUCAAGAUACGAGGAAGUCAUCACCAGCUGAGCUUCAGACAAACCUACAUAUAUGGAAAUUCAAGAAACGAAUAAGUGGUACUACACUAACAGUGAAAGGAAAUGGUGAACAGAAGUGUUGAUUGCACAUCUGUGCUUAAUUCAGAGGAAAACAAAAUCAUUUCUACUCAGAAGAACUGCUCUUUUAUAGAGAAAAAGUAAAGGUAAUGUUUGAAGAAUGGAUGGAUAUAAUACUUCCAAGAAUUCCUCUUGUGAUCCUAUAUUGCCACGACAUUUAACACCAGUUUACAUCACAGUCCUCAUUGGAGGACUGGUAGGCGUCAUCUCCAUCCUGUUCUUGCUGGUGAAAAUGAACUCACGUUCAGUGACCACCAUGGCUGUCAUUAACCUGGUGGUGGUUCAUGGGGUAUUCCUACUGACAGUGCCUUUUCGCUUGGCAUACCUCAUCAAAGGAACAUGGACAUUUGGAUUACCCUUCUGCAAAUUUGUGAGUGCCAUGUUACAUAUACACAUGUACCUCACCUUCUUCUUCUAUGUGGUGAUACUAGUCAUCAGAUACCUCAUUUUCUUCAAGCGUAGAGACAAAGUAGAAUUCUAUAGAAAAUUGCAUGCCGUUGCUGCCAGUACCGCCAUGUGGCUUUUGGUGAUUGUCAUCGUUGUUCCCUUGGUGGUUUCUCAGUAUGGAAAUAAUGAAAAAUACAAUGAGAAACAGUGCUUUAGAUUCCAUAAAGAACUUGUCCGUGACCAUGUGCAAGUUGUCAACUAUAUGAUAGUCACUAUUGUCAUAACCAUUGCAAUGAUUCUCUUGGGUUUCCAAGUCUUCAUCACAUUAGCCAUGGUGAGGAAGUUUCGCCACUCUUUACUAUCCCACCAGGAGUUCUGGGCACAACUGAAAAAUCUUUUCUUUAUAGGUAUCAUCAUUAUUUGUUUUCUUCCCUACCAGUUCUUCAGGAUUUAUUACUUGUAUGUUGUGACGCAUUCUGAGAGCUGUAAAAACAAAAUUACAUUUUACAAUGAAAUCCUCUUGAGCACAACAGCCAUCAGCUGCUGUGAUUUGCUGCUCUUUGUCUUUGGAGGAAGCCAUUGGGUUAAGCAAAAGAUUGUCGACAUGUGGAAUUGCCUUGUAUGCCGUUAGACAAGAUUAUCAUAUUCAUUUCUACCUGUUGGGAAUAGGAAGAAACAAAGAGCUAAAAUUGUUUUUCAUUGCUUCAUCAAAACCUUGUCUUGAUCCAACCAAACAAAAGGGAUAAAAAAGUGUGCAAGUGUUCUAUACCUGUUGUUUUUGAAGGUGUCCAUGCAAAGAUGACUUGUAGUAAACCUAUAAAGAAUUGCCAUAUUGCAUUAUUUUCCAUUAUACAGUGUCUGUCUUACUAUCUAGAAAACAUGUGUCUACUGGGUGCUUGAGUUUUGCUAGGGCAUGGUGACUUCCUGGGUUUGAAACAUGGUUUCCCUCCUAGGCUUCAAGCUGCAGUUAGCUGAAGAGUUAUUUCCACUCCACUUCACCUUCUGAAAAUUCAUCCUGGUCAUCACAUGGCUCCAAACAGACAAACUCCACUGGGUUUGCCAGACUAGUUGGCACAAUCAACACACACACCUGGGAAGAAACCAGGAAAAUUGGAAGAGCAAGCAAGUUUUCCAUAUCAUCCUAACUUUGGAGGAAAUACCAGGAUUUCUGCUCUAACAAGCUUUUCUAGCCUUGUCCUUUUAAAGAUUGUGUUUACAUAUAUGAGGAUUGCAGCACACUGUCAUCAAUUAUGCUUUUUCUCAGAAAAUGAAAUGAAAUAUAACCUUCCUAAGAUAACCAAGUAAUAGAGAAAGCCUAACAUAGAGAAUGCCCAUGGCCAAUGUGGUGAAAUACAGAACAAUGAUUUUUGUUUUGUUUUCGUUCUCUGUGUUUUGAAAGGACUUUUACGUGUCUAGGGCCACAGUUAGUGUAUUCUUACCCAUCUGAAGACAGGAAGAUAGACUGGAGUCUUUAAGCUGUGCUCUACUUUUAAAGUCAUAUGUUUUUAAGUAAGCAAACUAUUUUGAACAGAAUGAAUUUUGUGGAAGAAUAUGGGAUAAUCCUUAAUUUAGAAUGUAUGCAAUUUAGAUUGCGUUAAGAGAGUUUUAGACAACAUUUGAAAAUAAAUGAAUAAAUAUGCAGAAAUGUAAUACCAUUCCAUCCUUUAAAAUAUUAAACCAUAUGUAUAUCCUUGCCAAAUUCUUAGUUACAUUUUGCAAUUUGCUUCAUAACUUGUGACAUGUGGCCUAUUACAUUGCAUUAAACUUUUAUUUCAAGAAUGAUUCAUGAUUAAGGUCAUGAACAGGCUUAUUGUUCAUACUAAAUUACGUUGUUUAUUUUUUUCCUUCAUUAUCCAUCCUUGUGUCUCCCUCAGUUUCAUGAUCUUGAAACUUUUCAGGUAAAAGUUUCAAUAUGAGCCAUGUUCAUAUUUAAGGCUUCAGAAAAUCUGAAGUCAUUAGUAGAAGAGCAGGUAGGUCAAGAGAGCUCUUAACCCUGGAAGGGACAUCCUUACAUCUUAAAGAUUUUUCAUCAGUUACUGCUGAUCCAUGGAUCCCAACUUCAUCUGAGAGACAAGAAAUGUCCCAUGAGGUUCUAGUUUCAGUGAAAUUACCAAGGCAUAGCAACUCAUCCUAAAGGAAUAAAUGUAGCAACACACAGCAAACAUGACCGUUUCCAACUGACCCUCUUUAAAUUCUCACAUCUCUCAAAAAAUAUAAAAAAUAAAAAUAAAAAACCCAACAAAACAAAAACCCAACAGCAACAACAAAACAAAAAAACCCCAACAAAAUAAAAUUAAAAACAACUAUUUCUUUCAUUUAUUGCCAGUUUUCCUUUUGUAUUUAUUUUCCAAAUGUUUUCCUCACUUUGUUUCAUAAAGUUUGCAAGAGCAUCACUAAGCCCCACAAAUAUUUUAAGAAAAUUUUUAACAUCUACAAAAUGUAUAUGAAAAGAAAGAUAAAAUGAAAUAUUUACAAGAAGUUUUAGUUAUAAGGGUUUCCUGAGGGUUUUCCUCUUGUGACAAUUGUAUCUGUGGACUGUGCAUCCUACUUUUAUGGACUGGAUCAUAUCUUUCAGAUUUUAGAUACACUGAUGCAAAGUAGUUACCUAUUUCUCAAUGUUAUAAUAAAAAGACCAUCUAUUUCUAUGUGUCUGCAUAUAUAGAGAACUGUUAUCUAGAACAUAGAAAAGUGACAUUCUGCAAUUUAUAAUACUUUAUUGAUCAGGUUUCACCAAAUAAAUGAAAAGUGUUCAAGUUG